AUGGGAAAGAAGAAAGGAGAUUCGGCGUCGGGAGGAGGAGCGAUCCCCGAAGGAGACUACGAGAAGGGAAAGAAGGUGAGUUGGUGUCUGUACGAUGGCCCGCACUCCCGCCCCGCUUUCAGAUCUUCAAACAGCGUUGCGAGCAGUGCCACGUGGUCAACUCGUUGCAAACGAAGACGGGCCCCACGCUGAACGGAGUGAUCGGGCGCCAGUCGGGACAAGUGCCGGGCUUCGACUACUCGGCGGCCAACAAGAACAAGGGCGUCAUCUGGGACCGACAGACUCUUUUCGAGUACCUCGCCGACCCGAAAAAGUACAUUCCGGGCACUAAGGUAUCAUCUCCAUUCCCUUCGCAUCCUCAUCUCUCUCUCCGUUUCAGAUGGUGUUCGCUGGGCUCAAAAAGGCCGACGAACGGGCCGAUCUCAUCAAGUUCAUCGAAGUGGAGGCGGCGAAGAAGCCGACCGCCUAG